AGAGAGAGAGAGAGAGAGAAAAGAGAGGGACUGCGCUUAGAGCUGGAGUGCGCGCGGGAUAGCACACCGGCUGGAUCGGGGAGUCGCGAGGAUGGAGAUCCGACCAGACAGGUUUAAGGCGGUUGCAGCCAAGAAUCUGGGAAAGAUACACAGAAUCCUAGAAAAGCGUCAGCCCAAUGGGGAGACCAUCGAGCUUUCGGCCGAGGGCCGCCCAGAGCUUGUGGAGGAGAAGGAGAUGCCCGUGGUGGACUGCACCUGCUUCGGCCUUCCCCGUCGCUACAUCAUCGCCAUCCUCUCAGGCCUGGGCUUCUGCAUCUCCUUCGGCAUCCGCUGCAACCUGGGCGUGGCCAUCGUCAGCAUGGUCAACGACCACACCGUCUGGAAGGGUAACAAGGAGGUCCUGGUGGCAGCACAGUUCAGCUGGGAUCCAGAGACCGUGGGGAUGAUCCACGGGUCCUUCUUCUGGGGAUACAUCGUCACACAGAUUCCCGGAGGUUUUAUAUGUCAGAAAUAUAAAGCUAACAACGUGUUUGGCUUCGCCAUAGUGGCCACAUCCACUCUCAACAUGCUGAUUCCAUCUGCUGCUCGUACACACUACAGCUGUGUCAUACUAGUCAGGAUAUGCCAAGGCCUCGUCGAGGGCGUAUCUUACCCAGCAUGCCAUGGGAUCUGGGCCAAAUGGGCCCCGCCUCUAGAGAGAAGUCGACUGGCCACAACAGCAUUCUGUGGUUCCUAUGCGGGAGCUGUGGUGGCCAUGCCUCUUGCUGGGGUGUUGGUUCAGUAUGUAGGGUGGCCUUCAGUCUUCUACGUCUAUGGCAGUUUUGGGAUAGCAUGGUAUCUCUUCUGGAUCCUGGUGUCGUAUGAAAGCCCGGCAGCCCACCCCACUAUCACCCCUGAGGAGAGGAAGUACAUUGAGGAAGCCAUCGGAGAGUCAGCAGGUUUUGCCAAUCCUCUACAGAAAUUCAAAACCCCGUGGAGAGCAUUCUUCACGUCCAUGCCGGUGUACGCCAUUAUCGUAGCCAACUUCUGCAGGAGCUGGACUUUCUACCUGCUUCUCAUCAGCCAGCCGGCCUACUUUGAGGAAGUGUUUGGCUUUGAGAUCAGCAAGGUGGGGAUGGUGUCGGCCUUGCCACAUCUGGUGAUGACCAUCAUUGUGCCCAUCGGGGGACAGCUGGCCGACUACCUUAGAACACGCAACAUCAUGACCACCACCAACGUCAGGAAGCUCAUGAACUGUGGAGGGUUUGGAAUGGAGGCCACAUUCUUGCUGGUGGUGGGAUACUCUCACACCAAGGUCAUGGCCAUCUCCUUUUUAGUCAUCGCUGUGGGCUUCAGCGGAUUUGCCAUCUCAGGUUUCAACGUGAAUCACUUGGAUAUUGCCCCCCGCUAUGCCAGCAUUUUGAUGGGCAUUUCCAACGGAGUGGGCACCUUGUCGGGAAUGGUGUGCCCUCUUAUAGUGGGCGCCAUGACCAAACACAAGUCGCGUGAAGAUUGGCAGGGUGUCUUCCUCAUCGCUUCAGUUGUUCACUAUGGUGGAGUGAUUUUCUAUGGAAUCUUUGCGUCAGGGGAAAAGCAGCCGUGGGCGGACCAGGAGGACACCAGCGAUGAGAAGUGUGGCAUCAUCGACGAGGACGAACUGGCCAAUGAGACGGAAGAGAUGUACCGCACUGGCGGAGGGGGGCAGUACGGAGCCAUGAGCCAGCCAACAGCGGGCCCCAACGGAGGAGGGGGUGCUGGAGGGGGGGCAGGAUGGGUCCAGGACUGGGAGAAGACGGAGGAAUAUGUUCAACCUCCGGGAUACAACCAGUAACUCUACGGAGGGAGAGAGAGAGGGAGCUCACAUAAUGCCCUAUUCAGACUUGAGAUAAGUUGACUAAACAUGGACCUUAGUCUAAAAAGGCUGACUUAAGUCCAUGUUAAGUAUACUGUACCUUUCUCAAGUCUGAAGAGAGGGGGG